CGCAGUACCACCACGCACGUGUUCAGCCGGUUGUACUCACCGGGUUCGAGUAACAUGGCCGAGAUGGAGACGCAAAACACCGGGACGGAGGACGGCUUUACUCCCGUCACGCACAGAGGGAGCCGGCGGGCGAAGAAGCGACAGGCCGAGCAGCCGUCCGCGGCGGGGCAGGACGGAGACGCCAGCCGCAUGGACACGGAGGAGGCGCAGCCGGCGAAGAGGCCGGUCUUCCCGCCGCUCUCGGGCGAGCGGCUCCUGACUGGGAAAGAAGAAACGAGAAAGAUUCCUGUCCCCGCUCACAGAUACACGCCAUUAAAGGAAAACUGGAUGAAGAUAUUUACUCCGAUAGUAGAACAUUUGGGACUUCAGAUACGCUUUAACCUGAAAUCAAGGAAUGUCGAAAUCAGGACUUGUAAAGACACCAAGGAUGUCACUGCCCUGACAAAAGCGGCCGACUUUGUGAAAGCCUUUGUUCUUGGGUUUCAGGUGGAGGAUGCGCUUGCCCUUAUCAGGCUGGAUGACCUCUUCCUAGAGUCUUUUGAAAUAACCGAUGUUAAGCCCCUGAAAGGAGACCACCUGUCCAGGGCAAUAGGACGCAUUGCUGGCAAAGGAGGGAAAACCAAAUUCACAAUAGAGAAUGUGACACGGACACGGAUUGUCUUGGCAGAUGUGAAAGUUCACAUUCUCGGCUCUUUCCAGAACAUCAAGAUGGCUAGAACUGCCAUUUGCAACCUCAUCCUAGGAAAUCCUCCAUCAAAGGUGUACGGCAAUAUCCGAGCUGUGGCCAGCAGAUCAGCGGACCGGUUCUGAUUCCCCUCCGACCCUUGAGUUAUUCACAUAAAACCAUGGGAAUAUUUCCUAGCCACCUACAGCUCAGGUUCCUUUUCAGGUCUCAGCCAGAGCAGAAGCAGAAAGGGAAGGUUUAACCGGACUUGGCACUCCUCUGCUUCUAGGCUAAUUUAAAUACCAAAAUGUAAUAUUUUAAUACUUAACACAUUAAGUGUAAAUUGCUGUAUUUUUCACUUUAAUCACAUGUGGCAGAUUCACAGUUUAAAGUCUUGUCAUUUAGAGGUGACUUCUUAAGACAGAUUUAUAACUAAACUAAGCAUUUUUUUCCUCUGAAAAUUUUAAUGAAAAUCUCAGAAGACCUGAGAAUCACAGUCCUUGGUACCGAGCACCGUGACUACUUCAGGGAUGGGUCAUAGCACUAGUCUGUGCUGUUGACCCUUAGGUGCUUGUCUGUGUCUAUUUAUGAAAUGAAAGCCCGCAUCACAAGCCUAAUGAAUUGCUUUUCAAGGAAGUAAUGAAAGUAAAACAGUUUUCCCAACAGUAUAUUCUUGUAACUAGUGUCUGUGUAUAUGAAUUUGCUUAUUUCUUACAUUGUUUAGAACCUAAUUCAUUAAACAUGUGAUUUAGAUACUA